CAGAGAGUUCUGGUCAGAGGAUGGAGAUCCAGGACGGAGCAGAGCUCUGUUUUCCUCAACUCCUCAACACCUCCUGCAGGAAGCCGACAUCUCACCAGUUUGAAGAUGUACUUCUGAUCGUUGUGCUGUCGUCCAUCUCUGUGCUCAUUAUUGUUCUCAACCUGCUUGUCAUCAUCUCAGUCUCCCACUUCAGGCAACUCCACACACCCACUAACAUCAUACUGCUCUCUCUGGCUGUGUCUGACUUUCUUGUGGGCUUCCUGUUGAUGCCAUUAGAAAUCAUAAGACAAACAACCUGCUGGUUUCUUGGUGAUAUAAUGUGUUCUGUGCAUUUUUAUCUGUCCUGCAAUAUUGUUAUUGUUUCAAUAGGAAACAUAGUUCUCAUAUCAACUGAUCGAUACAUGGCUGUUUGUGACCCUCUGCAUUAUCCCACUAAAUUUACCAUGACAAGAGUGAAACUGUGUAUUUGUCUGUGUUGGCUUUACUCUGGUUUCUACAGUGGUCUCAUCGUACUUGAUGAUCUGAGGUACCCAGGUAAGUAUAAUUCCUGCUAUGGAGAAUGUGUAGUUGUCAUCACGUUUAUUGCAGGAAUUACUGACCUUGUUUUCACAUUUCUUCUUCCAGUUUCUGUCAUCACAAUUCUGUAUAUUACUAUAUUUGUGGUUGCUGUGUCUCAAGCUCGUGCCAUGCGCUCUCACAUUACAGCUGUCUCGCUUCAGGUUUCUGUAAGUUUGACAACAAAGAAAUCUGAGCUGAAAGCAGCCAGGACUCUGGGCGUUCUCAUAAUUGUGUAUCUAAUAUGUUUCUGCCCCUUUUACUGCGUCGUCCUCGCAGGUGACAACACUUCCUCUGCAUCUUUUGUUGCCUUUGUGUUUCAUUUUAACUCCUGUUUAAACCCUUUGAUCUAUGCCCUGUUUUACCCCUGGUUUAGAAAAGCUAUUAAACUCAUCGUCACUCUGCAGAUUGUGCAGUCUGGCUCCCGUGAGGCCAACAUACUGUAGAGAGGCUGUGGAGUCACUGAAAUGACAUUUGCUUUUCAGUCCACAAAUUCAUCUUUCUGAUCUCUGACUAAGCAUUUCCCCACACUGUAGCAGCUCAACUCAGUCAUCUGCAACUCAUUAAUAAACAGUCAAGCUUUAAUUCAAUGGUGUGGUCCUCGGUAGUGAAACAUUCCUUGUUUAUUUCUUUCCUUAUGUCCUCGACUGUCUCUCACUCACUUUAGACCCUUUUAUUCAGCCUUAGGUUAAAAAUAAUA